CCUCAAUUGUCAAUUCCAUUCGAACUGAUAGCUGAGAUCUGAUUUGAACCUUUGAUUCAUCCAGCGAAGCCCAAAUCAUGGCAUUCAGCGGGGCCGCCUCAGCUCCUACCGCGGACAUGGACAUCGACAUGGACCUUGACCUAGGACCAGAGCCGGAGCCGGAGUCAAUUCAGGUGGAAACAACUUCCAACUUAGAAACCACCGUCGACCCUCUCACCGAUGAAGCGGUCUACGAAAAAGUGCAUGUUCGCGGCGUCGAUGAAAUGACCACAGAAAAUAUCAAACAAUAUGCUCGCGACUGCUCUGGACAGGAACCAGUGCGCGUUGAAUGGAUCGAUGACACAUCCGCCAAUAUCAUCUUCUCCGACGCCGAGAUUGGCCUCCAAGCUCUCACAGCUCUCACCCAAGUCGCCGAGGAAGAAGACGCGUCUGGCUUGCCACCUCUGCGUCUCCGAUCGGCGAAACUUCCCUCCUCCCACCCUGAUUCCGUCCUCCAAGUGCGAUCGGCUGUCAAGUCGGACCGCAAGCAAGCGCGUGCUCAUGAGAAGAGUCGCUUCUAUCUCAUGCACCCCGAGCACGAUCCUCGAGAACGCCUGCGUCAAGAGUUUGCGGAUAGGAGACGCAGCGAUGACACAGGCGAUGGCGAUUACAGGCGGCGCAGAUUCGAUGACCGGGAGCACCGACGCCGCCGAGACCGCGACGAGGACGACCACUUCAACGCCGACAUGUACGAUGAUAAUGUUGGCUCUGAACCCGAGCGCGCUCGGGGAAAACCCAGAGGUCGUGGCCAGAGGGACCUGUUCCCAGAGGACGAGGGCCGAUCAAGCGGACGUCUCCGAAAUCGCAGUGCGUCUCCGGGACGAGACACGCUGGAGGAAGAACUUCGAGUCGAUCGAGGUGGUCGUGAUAAUAGCAGGCGGUUCCGUGAAAGGUCGCCUCGAGGUCGUAAGAACAAGGAUAGAGAGCUUUUCCCAAGCGCGGGCGCGGGCGAGAGCGAGUCAGGAAACCGCGAGCUUUUCCCAAACAAGCCCACAUCCAGCUACAUCAAGAAGGAGUUGUUGCCUAGCAAGCCUAGUCAUCAUCGCCGGUCAGAUGCAUUCGACGCUUCUUCUAUCCCAGGCACAUCUGAACACAGACGCCACAGCAAUAUUGAGCUCUUCCCUGAUUCCACCAACAAUGGCGCCCGCAUUCGUGGAGCAGCCACAGCCACCGAGGACCAAGGAUUUGCCAUCCGGGGCGGCGCAUCGAACGGCAUGUCGAUUAAAGGCAGGGGUGCGUCGGUGCGCGAGCUUUUCCCUUCCAAGUUCGACAGUGACACCGACAAUAACACCAACGCUGGCAAGGAAUUGUUUUCUGAGACACUAGAGGGACGCGGCGGUCGUCGGCGUCGGGCUGAGGAUAUGUUCAGCUGAAUAGACUAAGCGAUAGGGCGUGAACUUGUGCAUUUGCUUGAUGUUAGGGGGCUUCACGGGAGCAUGAUGGAUAUCCGGCG